AUGGAGCACAGAACUCAACAAGAAUUGCCUUCCACAGAUGUUUUUCAAAAUGGAGAUAUCCAAUGGAAGCAAUUCAACGUUGACACAUCCACCUCUUCCUCCUCCUCACCACCAAAACCAUUGCUAAUCUUUACACCAAUAGUCACUGGUGCAUACCCAGUAAUAUUGUUCUGCCAUGGCUUUUGCAUUCUCAAUAGCUUCUACUCUAAGCUCUUAGGCCACAUAGUUUCUCAUGGAUUCAUAGUCGUUGCUCCUCAGCUGUUUUGCAAUGGCAUGCCUAUGUUUGGACCCAGUGAAGUUAAAUUUGUAGGAAAAGUUGUGGAUUGGCUAGCUGAGGGGCUUCAACCUCUACUUAUGGAGAAUGUUGAAGCCCAAUUGGAGAAUGUGGUUCUAGCGGGUCAUAGUAAGGGUGGAAAAACGGCUUUUGCAGUGGCACUCGGUUAUGCCAAAACUAAGCUACAAUUUUCAGCACUUAUAGGCAUAGACCCAGUGGCUGGCAUAUCUAAGUGUAAGGUUUGUCGAUCACUUCCUCAUAUUCUAACGGGUGUGCCACGAUCCUUCAAUUUGGACAUACCCGUUGUUGUAAUUGGCACUGGAUUAGGCCCAGAGAAGGUUAACUGUUGUUCCCCACCGUGUGCACCAAAUGGGGUGAACCACAAGGAGUUUUUCAACGAGUGCAAACCACCUUGUGCACAUUUUGUUGCAAAGGAAUAUGGUCACAUGGACAUGUUAGAUGAUGAAAUAAAUGGGAUAAUAGGGAACAUUUUGUCAAAGUGUGUGUGUAAAAAUGGAAUGGGUCCUAGGGAAUUGAUGAGAAGGACCGUGGGAGGGUUGAUUGUUGCAUUCUUAAGAGCAAAUUUGAAUGCCCAAUGGAAGGAUUUUGAUGCUAUUUUGGCAGAUCCUAGCCUUGCUCCUGCCAAACUUGAGGAUCCGGUAGUGUAUGUGCCAGCAUGCAUGAGGUGA